GUUGCGAUUCAGAUGUCGCCGGUUUUGGAUUGAGGCCGCAAACGAAUAUGAUUAUUACCGCUAAAUUGGUUAGCAUUUUUCUGGGCGUCGCGCUGACGGCGUUUACCGUGUCCACAAUUGUGCUGGCCGUGCAGAAGGCGAACUUGCUAGCCGAUUUGCGCGACGCACAGGAUAAGCUCGAUCAGCUCGAGGCGGGCCUGGUGUCCAGCACGGCGGCGCCAUCGAGCACCAGUGCAGGCCCAACUCCGGAGCCGGGCACAACUGCGGCGCCGGAACAGAUUGACUAUCGGCUGCCCAGCGCCUUGAUACCCAACAAUUAUGAUCUCUAUUUGUAUCCAAACAUUGAUACGGGCACUUUUACUGGCGAGGAGACAAUCAACAUAACCGUCAACGAGGCCACGGACCAGAUAAUACUGCAUUCACUAUAUCUGGAGAUCAAUGGAGUGCAUGUCUUCCAAUCGGAUGAGGCCACCAUUUUGGUCACAGAUCACACAUUUGAUACCGUUCGGGAAUUCCUCAUCAUCAAUUUGAAUACGAAACUGACCGCGGGCGCCUUUGUGCUGCUCAAUAUCGAAUUCUCCGGUAAUAUGGCCAACAAAAUUGUUGGUCUGUACAGCUCCUCGUAUGUGAAGGCCGAUGAGAGCCGCAAAUGGAUAGCCACCUCUAAGUUUGAGCCAACAUACGCUCGUCAGGCGUUCCCCUGCUUCGAUGAGCCUGCUCUGAAGGCCACCUUUGAGAUCACUUUGGUGCACCCGACGGGCGACAACUAUCAUGCACUCUCCAACAUGAACCAGGAAUCGGAGCUGGACAAGGGCACCUACACGGAGGUCAGGUUCGCAAAGAGCGUGCCCAUGAGCACAUAUCUGGCGUGCUUCAUUGUCUCCGACUUUGACUCCAAAACGGUGCAGAUUGAUACCAAGGGCAUUGGCGAGGCCUUCGACAUGGGGGUCUAUGCCACGCCCGAGCAGCUCGACAAGGUUGACUUUGCGCUAACAGUGGGCAAGGGCGUCAUCGAGUACUAUAUUGAUUACUUCCAUAUUGAGUAUCCGCUGCCCAAGCUGGAUAUGGCUGCCAUACCCGACUUCGUGUCCGGUGCCAUGGAACACUGGGGUCUGGUCACAUAUCGGGAGACAUCGCUCCUCUAUGAGGAGGCCACCAGCUCAACUGUGAAUAAGCAGCGCAUCGCCAGCGUGAUAGCACACGAGUUUGCGCACAUGUGGUUCGGCAACUUAGUUACUAUGCAUUGGUGGAAUGAUUUAUGGCUAAACGAGGGCUUUGCUAGCUUCAUUGAGUAUCUCGGCGUGGAUGCCGUCUUCCCCGAAUGGCAAAUGCGAGAUCAGUUUAUCGUCAGCACUUUGCAUUCAGUGUUUACGCUGGAUGGUACUCUGGGCUCGCAUCCCAUCAUUCAGAAGGUUGAGAAUCCCGAUCAGAUAACGGAAAUCUUUGACACCAUUACGUAUUCCAAGGGCUCCUCUCUGGUGCGCAUGUUGGAAGACUUUUUGGGCGAGACAAUCUUUCGCACAGCGGUUACCAAUUAUCUAAAUGAAUACAAAUACGAGAACGCCGUUACAGACAACUUCUUUGCGGAGAUUGAUAAAUUGGGUCUGGAGUACAAUGUGUCGGAUAUAAUGCUUACUUGGACAGUGCAGAUGGGUCUGCCGGCGGUCACGAUCACCAAGGUCUCGGACACUGAAUACAAAUUAACGCAGAAGCGUUUCUUGGCCAAUCCGAAUGACUAUGAUGCAGUGCACGAGCACUCGGAAUUUGACUACCGCUGGUCCAUACCCAUCACAUAUACCACAAGCGCAGAUGCCACGGUGCAGCGUGCCUGGUUUUAUCACGAUCAGAGCGAAAUCACCAUUACUCUGCCCAGUGCUGUGGAUUGGAUCAAGUUUAAUCACGAUCAGGUUGGCUAUUAUCGCGUCAACUACGAACAGUCCCUGUGGCAGGCACUGGCCAAUCAGAUGGUCGCCAAGCCGGACGCAUUCAGCGCUGGUGAUCGUGCCUCCCUGCUCAAUGAUGCCUUUGCCUUGGCCGAUGCCACGCAGCUGCCCUAUGAGAUUGCCUUCGACAUGACCAAGUAUUUGGCCAAGGAGCUUGAUUAUGUGCCCUGGAGCGUGGCUGCCUCCAAGCUGACAUCCCUGAAGCGCACUCUCUUCUACACCAGCAGCUAUGUCAAGUACAAGAAAUAUGCCACAGCUCUGAUAGAGCCCAUUUACACGUCUCUCACCUGGGCGGUGGGCGAGGAUCAUUUGGAUAACCGUCUGCGAGUGACCGCCUUGAGCGCCGCCUGCUCCUUGGGUCUCGAGUCCUGUCUGACUGAAGGCGGCCAGCAGUUCAAGAGCUGGCUGGCCACGCCCGACAAGCGUCCCAGCCCCGAUGUGCGCGAGACGGUCUACUACUAUGGCAUGCAGUCGGCGGGCAAUCAGGAGAUUUGGGAAACCGUUUGGCAGCUCUUUAUCAACGAGGCCGAUGCCAGCGAGAAAUCGAAGCUUAUGUAUGGCCUGGCCGCCAUACAGGAGCCUUGGCUGCUGCAGCGUUACAUUGAUCUGGCCUGGAACGAGGAGUAUGUGCGUGGUCAGGACUACUUCACCUGCCUAACCUAUAUCUCGGCCAAUCCCAUGGGUGAGCCGCUCGUGUGGGACUAUGUGCGCGAGAACUGGCUGCUGCUGGUGGAACGCUUCGGUCUGAACGAACGCUAUCUGGGCAAUCUGAUACCCUCGAUAACGGCUCAGUUCCACACACAAACCAAGCUCGAGGAGAUGGAGCAGUUCUUUGCCAAGUACCCAGAAGCUGGCGCGGGCACAGCAGCACGUAUCCGUGCACUGGAGACGGUCAAAAAUAAUAUUGUCUGGCUGGCCGAAAACCUCGAAAGUGUCGACGCCUGGCUGGACACGCAGGAGCAGCGAUUGCACUAUUUGUCAUCGCUGAGCGAUCUCUGCUGCUCCAUUAACUAUGUUAGCUAUCAGGUGGGGCAGCAGCAAAUGGACGGCAAAUCGCUUUUAGUUCUAGUUGUACGCGCAUUAUCGUGUCGCCAAUUUCUUCAGUUAGCUGCCGUCGUUCGAACCACGAAGAUGUUUCUGCACGGCAAUUGUUUACGGGUGGCUCUGUUUUGGGCCGUUGCGGCCUUUGCGGCGGCCACAAUUGUGGUCGCUGUGCAGCGCAACCAGCUGGAGGCGGAUUUGCGUGAUAUGCGGGAAAAGAUUGACAUGUACGAGGCGCUUAAUGGAUCGGAGCUUGCAGUGGACCUCAAUAAUCGUCAGAAGCGUCAGACUCUAGAGGAGAUUGAUUAUCGUUUGCCAACGGCACUCGAGCCUCAGCAUUAUGACCUGUAUCUGCAUCCCGAUUUGGAAGCGGGCACCUUUACGGGCCAAGAGAAAAUCAAAAUAAAAGUGCUGGAGGCGACCAACCAAAUCGUUUUGCAUUCACACAAAUUGAACAUAACCAGCGUUUAUGUGGAGAAUCGGGAGCUGGAGAGCCAUGAGCUGGACGAGGUGCGCGAGUUUCUCAUCAUCAAUAUGCAGGAGCAGCUGCCCGUGGAUGCGGUCAUCACGCUGGGCAUCGUAUUCGAGGGUCAGUCGAUCAACAAGCUAGUUGGGCUCUACAGCAGCAGCUAUACAACGCCAGCUGGUCAGCACCGCGAGAUUGCAACCACCAAAUUUGAGCCCACCUAUGCGAGACAGGCUUUCCCCUGUUUCGAUGAACCCGCCAUGAAGGCCACGUAUGCCAUCAGCGUGGUGCAUCCCAGUUCCGGCUCCUACCAUGCGCUCUCCAACAUGGAUCAAACGGAGACUACAAAUCUAGGCGAGAACACGAUGGCCACCUUUCAGACCAGUGUGGCCAUGAGCACCUAUUUGGCCUGCAUCAUUGUCUCCGAUUUUGACUCGGAAUCGAGCACGGUGAAUGCGAAUGGCAUUGGCAAGGAUUUCUCGAUGCGCGCCUUUGCCACGCCCCAUCAGCUGAAUAAAGUGAAAUACGCGUUGGAGUUUGGCACAGCCGUCACCGAAUAUUACAUACAGUACUUUAAUGUCGAAUAUCCACUGCCCAAGCUGGACAUGGCUGCCAUACCGGACUUUGCCUCCAAUGCCAUGGAGCACUGGGGCCUGGUCACCUACAGGGAGACCGCGCUGCUCUACGAUGAGGACUACAGUUCUACGCUAAAUAAACAGUCCAUAGCCAGUGUAUUGGCUCAUGAGAUUACCCAUCAAUGGUUUGGCAAUCUGGUCACCAUGAAGUGGUGGAAUGAUUUGUGGCUAAACGAGGGUUUCGCACGCUUUAUGCAGUACAAGGGCGUGCAUGCAGUGCAUCCAGAUUGGGGAAUGCUGGAACAAUUCCAAAUAAUGGCACUGCAUCCGGUGCUCGUCUUCGAUGCCAAGCUCUCCUCGCAUCCCAUUGUACAGAAAGUGGAAUCUCCGGAUGAAAUCACAGCCAUAUUCGAUACCAUUAGCUACGAGAAGGCCGGCUCCGUGCUGCGCAUGCUGGAGUCCGUUGUCGGCGCCGACAAGUUCGAACUGGCAGUCACCAGCUAUUUAACCAAAUUCCAGUACGCCAACACUGUCACCGAUGACUUCCUUACGGAGGUGGCCGCUCAGGUCAGCGAUUUCAAUGUGAAGCAAUUCAUGCGCACCUGGACGGAGCAGAUGGGCUAUCCGGUGCUCAACGUGCGGCGCGCAAGCGAAGCUGGCUUCAUCAUUAGCCAACAGCGUUUCCUCUCGAACAAGGCCAGCUAUGAGGAGGCGGUGGAGUCCACUGAAUUUGGCUAUAAGUGGAGUGUGCCCAUUACCUAUUUCCUGGAUACGUCAGAGAGCAACGAGGUGCACAGCUUCAUACUCGAAUAUGAUCAGGAUGAGGCGGGCGUGGCUGUCAACACGGAUGUUAAAUGGCUUAAACUGAAUUCCCAUCAGCUGGGCUACUAUCGCGUCAACUAUGAGUCCAGCAUUUGGCAGCAGCUUAUCCAGCAGCUGGUGGAGCAGCCAACGCGUUUCGAUAUUGCGGAUCGUGCACAUCUGCUGGACGAUGCUUUCGCCCUGGCCGAUGCCAGCCAGCUAUCGUACAGCGUGCCGCUGGAGAUGACUGCCUACCUGGCGCAGGAGACGGACUUUGUGCCCUGGUAUGUGGCCACCUCCAAGCUGCUGACGCUCAGAAGGAACCUCAUGUUCACCGAGAGCUAUGUCUCCUAUUUGAGCUAUGCGCGCACGCUGCUGACCAAUGUCUACAAGGAGGUCGGCUGGACAGUCGACAAGGACAACCAUCUGGGCAACCGCCUGCGUGUAUCUGUGCUGGGCGCAGCCUGUGCCUUGGGCGUGGAAGAUUGCCUGCAGCAAGCGGAGGAGCUUUUCACCAAGUGGCUAAAUGAGCCAACCGCCGCCAAUCGCCCAGCGCCCGAUCUGCGCGAGCUGGUCUACUACUAUGGCAUGCAGCAGACGAGCAGCGAGGCCAGCUGGGAGCAGCUGCUGGAGCUGUUCAAAGCCGAGUCUGAUGCCAGCGAAAAAUCGAAGCUAAUGUACGGCCUGUCGGCUGUGCAGGAUAGUCAGCUGCUCUAUCGCUUCCUCGAGCUGGCCACAGAUGAGAGCAUUGUGCGUUCCCAGGACUAUUUCACCUGUGUGCAGAACAUUGCCGCCAAUCCGGUGGGUCAGCCGAUUGUCUGGGACUACUAUCGCGAACAGUGGCCACAGCUCAUCAAUCGAUUUGGCCUCAAUGAUCGCAAUCUGGGCAAGCUGAUAGCCAGCAUAACGAGUCGAUUUGCCAGCGAGAUAAAGCUGGAUGAAGUGCAGGAGUUCUACACCAAGUAUCCAGACUCUGGAGCUGGCGCCAGUUCCAGGCAGCAGGCUGUCGAGACAAUCAAAUACAACAUUAACUGGCUCAAGGAGAACUCCGAUGACAUUGCCAGCUGGCUGAGCGGCACGGCCGCCCCAUUGACCUCUAAAAACCAAUUGUAAAAAUUUGACCACAAAUUUCCCAUAUUCAAUAAAUUCCGUUCCGUGGAAUAUUUCCUCAAUUACUUGCAUUAUAAGGCGAAUGGCCAAGACAUAUAACAAUAAAGUAGACCAAAAUCAAGUUGUAAAAAAUAAA